CUGAGUGUGGAAUCAUAUCACUUUACAGCGAACCUUUCAAAGAGACUCAAACAAAUGGAAGAUUUGAAUAUCCAAUAUGUCCACCUGGAACAGUCUGCCAACCAGGAGGCCCACAAGACAGACGGCUUCAGCAGCAGCAAAACCCUGGUGGUGCGACGAGGCGCUCCAUUCAGGGUCAGCCUGCUGCUAAAGGGCAGACCAUUCAGCCCCAAGACUGACAGUAUCAUCAUCAGAGUUUUGCUAGGCCGCCUUUAUGUGAUAAUGCCUGUCACCUUCUCCAAGGAGGCCUCUCCCUCCAAGUGGACUGCUUACUUCAGCCCAGAGGGCCUGAGCCCCCUGUCGCCCUCCUUUUACAUCUCCAGUCCUGCCUCGGCGUCAGUAGGCACCUACAGACUUGAGCUGUAUGUGUUCUCUCAGAGCGGCCAGAGGAGCAGCGUGGUCGGCCACUUCAUCCUGCUGUGUAACCCCUGGUGUCGUGAGGAUGCAGUGUUUGUGCCCUUUGAGGACCAAAGAGAGGAAUUCAUCCAGAAUGAUUCAGGCUUACUGUACAUGGGGACAGCGAUGAACUGUGUGUCCAGACCAUGGUCUUUUGAUCAGUUUGAGCCUGAUGUUCUGGAGAUCUGUCUGAAGCUGCUCCAAGUCAGUCCCCAGCACAUGAGGAACAGAAGAAAAGACUACAUCAUGCGAGCUGACCCUGUCUACCUUAGCCGCGUUGUGUCUGCCAUGAUCAACUGUGAGGACGACCGUGGCGUGCUCAAAGGGAACUGGUCAGGUGACUUCAAACAAGGCGUUAGUCCCUCCAUGUGGACCGGGAGUGGAGACAUCUUGAGACAAUGGGCCCGGUCUGGCUUCAGCCCAGUCAAGUAUGGACAAUGCUGGGUGUUUGCUGCCGUCAUGUGCACAGUUAUGCGGGUUCUUGGCAUUCCUUGCCGCGUCGUCACCAACUUCAACUCGGCUCAUGACACCAAUGGGAACCUGGUGAUUGAAGAGUACUACAGCGAAACGGGGCAGAAGCUGCAUCACAGUAAAGACAGCAUAUGGAACUUCCAUGUUUGGGUGGAGUGUUGGAUGACCCGCAAGGAUCUGGGAUCUGGCAUGGAUGGCUGGCAGGUUCUGGACCCAACACCCCAGGAGAGAAGUAGAGGAGUGUUCUGCUGCGGUCCUGCCCCAGUCAAAGCUGUCAAAUAUCGUCGCAUUGACCUGGCCUAUGACGUUCCCUUUGUCUAUGCUGAGGUGAACGCUGAUGUCCACACAGUCAUCGUGAGGCAAGGCCAGGUGCUCAGCUACAGCAAAGACACCGAGAGGGUGGGAGCCCUCAUCUGCACCAAGGCUGUGGGCCACCCCCGACUCCAGAACAUCACAGCAGACUACAAGCACAUCAAAAGUCCCAAUCCAUCACUUAGAUCAAGAAGUUCUACAAUGUCAGAUGACUCGACAUUAAGGAGAGGUUCAUCCCAGGGUUUGUCAGUCUCUCUGACCCUGGACAAAGCUGCUGUCGCCGGAGAGCCCAUCCGCUUCACGGUGAAAAUCAUCAACAAUGAGAAUGUUGCCAAGGUGAUCAAGGAGCAUCUCAACGCUCAGGCCAAGGAAUACAACCACAGUCCCUCAGACACCUUCUGGGAGGCCCACAGCACCAUGAGACUGGCACCCAUGGAGGCCAAAGUGCUGCGCCACCAGAUCACCCCGGCCCAGUAUGAGGGUGUGGUGGGAGACGACUUGGUCAACCUGGCGGUGGUCCUGGAAGAUAAUGCCAGCCAGAAGCGAGUCCUGGCCUCAGAGGAGUUCAACAUCGCUAGCCCAGAGCUCACCAUACAGAUUGCAAAUGGAGACUCUGCCAUAAAUCACAAGGAGCACACAGCUGUGGUGAUGUUCACCAACCCAUUCUCUGUGCCCGUGAGCGGGUCUCUGAUGGUGGCUGGGGCCGGGCUGAUCCAGGGCAAGAUUCAUUUCAGGAUGCUCCCUCUGCAGCCAGGGAAAAAAGUGGAGCAGCGCAUCACUUUCACCCCCACGAAGGUGGGAACGAAGAUGCUGCAGGCCAGCCUAUAUUUGUCGAAUGUCAACUCCGUCAUUAGAGGCUUCAAGAUGAUUUCAGUCAUCAACGCUUAAUCCAACAUGGGUUUUGGCAGCUCAGUUGUCUCAACCAAGUAUUUUCCCACUGUGUUAGUAUUGUAUCUCAUCUGGAGCAUUAUUUUAAUUAUAUUGUACCAAGUCUUUACAUAGAAUGCAAUGUGUGGCAACAAGAUUGCAGCAACAGUUGUGGAGGAAAACUGUAAACCA